ACAACAAGCCAGCCCUCCAAUAACAUCUCUCGGAUAGACAGUAUUGAAAAAUCACGUGGCAUGAGAGGAUGGCAGAUCCAGGCUGCCUCCAGAGGCACACACUGUGUUUUUUAUCAACAUUACUUUCCCAGAAGGUUCCGGAGAAGUCUGACGCCGUGCUUCGAUGCAUGAUAGCUGGUCAGCCCAAGCCAGAGGUGACUUGGUAUAAGAAUGGUCAAGCCAUAGACGAGGGAGGCACUGUUUCCAGUUACGAGUUCUUUGAGAACCAGUAUGUUCAUCUGCUGCAUCUCUCAUGCUGUACCCAGAGUGAUACUGCUGUUUAUCAAGUCUCUGCAAGAAGUUGUGUGGGGAUGAUCUGCUGUUCGGCAUCCAUUGAGGUCCAGUGUCUGCAGGACGCACAAGUGUCUCCUGACCCAGUAGGCGGCAGGGGUGUGGCUGGCCAACAUGAAACAGAGAUACAUGCAGAAGGCAGCAUAAAUCACACGGAGGAGAAAGGGAACCCUUGUAAGGAAGAAGAAAGUAUGGUCCCGUGGGUUUGCCUGUCAGCUGAUUCCUCCCCCCACAAACUCAACCACUCAUGGCCACCCCAGAGAGUGGCCAAUUAUGAGUCUGGUGCUUCCGAUUCUGAGAACCCUCCAGAUGUUAAAAAGACAAGACAAAGGACAGAGCCUUGCAAUCCAAAUAACACACAAGAAAAUUCCUUUCGUUCAGAUAACACUACUGGGAAACAAGAUGCAUGCCAGCACAGGACAGUGUACGCCACUGUCCCAGGGUUAAUUGGCGAUGGCCUAGGUAGCAAAGGGUCUAAUGAGGAGGGUGCCACCCCUAGUCAUCAAAACCCCAAAGCACAGAAAUACAUCAGUUUCAGCCUUCCACUGCCGGAAGCAACACUGUGUCCUUACCCAGGUGACAGCCACUCCAUCAACACGCAGCCGGGCCCACAGGUUUCCAGCGAAGACUCUGACAGUGACUAUGAACUUUGCCCAGAGAUAACCCUAACCUACACGGAGGAGUUUUCGGACGAUGACCUGGAGUAUCUGGAAUGUUCCGAUGUUAUGACAGAUUACUCUAAUGCCGUUUGGCAGAGGAGCCUGCUGGGGACUGACCGAGUUUUUUUAUUAGAGAGCGAUGACGAAGAGAUGCAAUUCAAUGAGUGCGGUCUGGGUGGGUGUGAGCAUUUCCUCAGUGAAAUGGGUUGUGGGCCUCAGGUGUCGGGUGACAUGGGGCCUACGAAUGCCACCACUGGCUUGUGCAGUUAUCACUCACAACCCCAAGAAGUGGGGGUCAAGAACAGCGGAACCUCCAGGCAUAGUCCCUUACCCCUGCAUGCGGGAAUGACUCUCACUCUGGGACCUCACCAGGAUGGGACUGCUAAAAUGACUGAACCAGGAAGGGCUCCACUCCCCACUGCUUCCGAGGCUGACGAAAAUGAUUGUCCAGGAAUUCGGGGAGAAACCAGAGACAACCCUGAAGCAGGAGAGGAAUUCUCCAGUGACAGUCUGCAAACCGUGGAUAAGGCAGAGACAGAGGCAGGGGUGCAGCCCUUGCCUAGGGGGUUAGACAAGUCAGAAGUGAGGCAGAGUUUGAAAAGCCUGGCCGGGGAAAGAGCAGAUGAAAAGCAUCCAGGCAGCGGAAAGGCUGCCCUGAGACCCACCAGGGUGAGGCGGCUCGGAAUGAAGGCAAAUGCCAAGAAGCAGCUGCUGAAAGACAAUGCCCCAAAAGGCACGCUUGAUCCCCUCCCCAAGGCUCCCCAAGGCUCCUUAACCGGGAGCUAUGGACAAGAGCCCACACAGUCUGAGGUAGGAGAUCCUGGCUGGAAUUCCCACUUUCACACAGAACCGUGCAUUCUGCUUCCUGCAGAGCAAGACUCUAAAACCCCUCGACCACCAGCAGAACCACUUCCGAAUGAAGGGGACACAAGCUUUGAGGGAGAAGGGGAACUGUUUACUAAAUUAUCUGAAGCAAGCCAGAUUCCAGACCAGACUGACCAUCUUCAGAUGCAAAUUGAGGAAACCACUGGGGAGAGAAAUUAUCUCGACAAGAUGCCAGCUUUCUCCCUGCCUGCUGGGGAGGCGUCUUCAUUCACUGGGACCACAACAAAUUUUGUCUUCAACUUGAGUGAUAUCAACAAGGAAAAUGCAUCACUGGCCCAACACCUGGACCUGGAAAGCUGUCCUCAAGGGCUCUGUCAGAAAGCCAGACAAAACAGAGAAGGCAACAUGCCUGGCAACCUCUGGGCAGAGCCAGCACAUGAACUGAGUGCCCUAGAAGACAAUGAUGAAGUGUCCCAGGUUCUAUCCUCUGCACACCUCUCUCCCAGUGACAGUGUCCACUGCAGGGAGCCAGUGGCUUUCUCUGCUGCUGGCUCUCAGCCCACUGUUCCCUCCCUCCCCCUGGAAAAUGUGGGCAGUGGGUGUGUGAUGGGGUGUUUUGAAGCUGGUGACCAAGAAACAUGUUAUGAUACCAUGGAUCUUCCCGUUAGAGCAUCAGUUGAUAAAUAUUUGCCUCAUGAAGUUUGCCCCAUGGACUUGGAACUGACAGAAGGUCAAAGCAAAGUAUAUGAUUUAUGUUCUCCUGACAAGACACUGGCUAUGCUUCAAAUGCAAGGUCCUCAGCCUGCACAGUCUACAUAUGAGUGCAGUGAGGAUGGAGAGCCAGCCGAGUCCCCUGUUCCUAAUAGUACCUUCAGCUGGAACAUAUCACAGGAGGCCAGCGGAGGUGCUGUGGGGGAAACUCCAGCUGAUGUGGGGAAGUCCCCCUUCAUCUUCUCUUCCACAGGACCCUACAACUUAGGAGGGCCCAGGGAGACACAGCCCCUUUGUUCUGAGAAUAACUCCAUUGUGAACAUUAAUGAAGGAGGCCAUGAAAGCGCCCAUCUGGGCGUUCCAGUUGCCAUAGACACACUUGUCAGUUACAGUUCAGUCAGGGGAUGCCCAAAAGAACAGUCAACACCAUCAACUGCUAACGUUGAUUGCUAUCAGGUGACCAAGGAGACCGAGGACACAUUAGCUGAUGACGCCAGUGUCCGUGCAAUCAAACGCCACACUGUUUCAGUUCUUGGGGACACCAGCCUUGUUGAUGGUGCUGACCAGGCCUCAUGUGAGGCUCAGAAGGAAAAUAAUUUCCAAUCUCUUUUUGACUUACAGCCAGGCCAUUCUUUAAGCAGCUCUACUAGAGGGAUGUUUAUCCCAGCACCCAGUAUUCCAGGAGCUCAUGACCCCUCCUCACUCCCUGAGGGGCAGGAUCCGUGGAGUGCUUCCUUUCAGACUGAUAACCAGCUUGGGUAUAAGACCCAGAUAGUGGAGAUAGCUCACGAUGGAGGCCUUGAAGAGGACUUCCAGGAAAAGGGAAGUGAAACACAACAGUGUGCAUCCCACCAGCAUUCUCUUUCUGUAAGUGAUUUCCAAGAACUUCUGCCCCCAAUAUGUGCCAUGCAACAGAAGGCCAAUUCGGAACCCUUGGAGCACUCCCCAGCCGCUUCCAGGGAAGAAACUGGGUGUAGCUUGGAUCCAAGGACCAGUGUCUCAGUGGUGGCUGAGAAGACCAUGGAAGGUGAUAGUCAGUCGCUAAGCAGUAUUCCAUCUCUCCCUGACAUACUCCUUCAAGAAAAAGAAGACAUUGGACUAGGAAGUUGGGCUGUGGGCAGCAAGGUGAAGAUCAUAACACUAGAGGCACCUGUUUAUGAAAUAUGGCCACCAGAACAAGAGAUGCAUUCUGGGUACAAGAAGGCAGCAGCUGGUUUCACAGACCCUGGCAGGGGCUGUGCUCUGCCUGACAUUCUAAGAGCAGGUGCUACCAGGCCUGAACCAGGUGCCUUGGGAGUAGUGUCAUGGCUUCCCAGCCCUCAAGCUGACAUUAUCACAGCCCUUGUUGCCAACAGAGACACCUGUGCAGGUGAUGAAGCAUCCAGACACAAGUAUUGCAGCAGUCCAUCUUCCCAGUGUCGGGGCCAGCCCACACUCCUGGAGUCAUCUGUAGACCCUGUUGAGGAAGAGGGGUUUGAUGUCCCAGUCUCUUCACUAGAGGCUUCCAAAAGUGGAGAGAUGGAAAACAUUGAAACCACAAACAAAGAACAGGAAGGAAGUGAGAGGAAGCUGUGUGAUCCUACCUUUGUUAACCAGUUUAUGAGCUUCCCUAGGGUCCUGGAGUCCUCUGUGGAUCCCAUCCAUGACAGAAGUGAGAUGCAGUGUGUCUGGUCUGAGAAGCCAGAGCUCUCAAACUCCAACACAGAAGGGAAUGAAUCUGCCGAUAGAAGCACAUGUCAGAGGGCAGACAUCCAGCCCGCUACCCUGCAGCUUCCACACCCCCAGAACAGUGGGGAAAUCAUUCCAAACGGAAGCGCAAUCAACCAAAAUCAUGUAGACAAAGAGCAAGCAGAUGCCAAACAAAGCCAGGCCAAGAAAGCAAAAGCAGAGGCCCAGGCUGCUAUUUGCCAAGCCCAAUGUCCUGGUGAAGAGAGACAAAGAAUUGCAAGUGUACACAACCUGAACCAAAUACAAGAUGGUAACAACAGAAGCCUAGGAGAGGCUGGGCAAAUGAGAGGGAACAUAGCUGAAUUAAUUUCCUCCAUGUCACCUCUUUCUAAUUGUCUCAUAGGAAUGACUCUUGCAUCUGUUGAGGUUGAUACCAUUGACUCCACAGGCCACUGUGGAUCUGAGCCCAGAAACCAUCAAGAUGUACCUCCUCCGUGGAAGGAAAAAGGAACCAUGGAGAGCGAGUGUGGGAAACACGUGCCCUCUUUGAGUGAUCUCACACAGAUGCCUUGUACUUCAUGUCCCAAAGGAAAUGUCACAUGCUUGUCAAUAAGCCAAGACAUUGAGGAACUGAAAUCGGAGGAGCUUCAAAUUGGGGAAACCAAACCCCUAAACUCACCCCACUCCCCAACAAUGACCUUGGCUUUCAUUUCAGGAGAAUGUGACUCAGAGAAAGCCCCUGAAGGCAUAUUACUUAAGGACCAGUGUCAAAAGGGCUCCACAAUGGAUAGCAGGGAAAAGUCCAGAGAGGAACCCCAGAAGCACGUGGAGGCCCAGCCCAGCAAGGCACCUGGGGCCCAAUCAGCAAUGACUGGGUCAGAGGAGGACAAGAAAAACCAAGCAGCCUCUGGGAGUGGACAUUUAGCAGCAGGGGUAAAAAAGAAAAUUCUAUCCAGGGUAGCAGCCCUGAGACUCAGACUGGAGGAGAAAGAAAACAUGAGAAAGAACUCCAUUAUGAAGAAAACACCCAAGUAUGAAAAGUCCUUGUCCCGCACUGACCAGAAAAAGGACUCCAAAAAGGCCCCUUGCAAAGCAGAAGGGAAAGCUCCAGUGUUGUUGAAGAAGAUCCAGGCUGAGAUGGCACCCGACCGCUCUGGGAAUGUAAAGCUGAGCUGCCAGUUUGCAGAGAUUCAUGAAGAUUCUACCAUCUGGUGGACAAAAGAUUCGAAGUCAAUAGCCCAGGUUGAGAGAAGCAAAGGGGACAACUCCAGUGUUUCCUUGGCCAUCGUCCAAGCUGGUCAGAAGGACCAGGGCCUGUAUUACUGCUGCCUCAAGAACAGUUAUGGAAAAGUCACUGCUGAGUUUAACCUCACAGCUGAAGUUCUCAAACAGCUUUCAAGUCGCAUGGAAUAUAGAGGAUGUGAAGAGAUUGAAUUCAGCCAGCUCAUCUUCAAAGAGGAUGUCUUCAAUGACAGCUACUUCGGGGACCACCUGCGUGGCCAGAUCUCCACAGAAGAGCUUCACUUUGGGGAAGGGGUGCACCGCAAAGCUUUCCGUAGCACAGUGAUGCAGGGCCUCAUGCCUGUCUUCCAGCCCGGCCACGCAUGCGUGCUCAAGGUGCACAACGCUGUUGCCCAUGGGACCAGAAACAAUGAUGAACUUGUGCAGAGGAACUACAAACUCGCCGCCCAGGAAUGCUACGUUCAAAAUACUGCCAGAUACUAUGCCAAGAUCUACGCUGCUGAAGCACAGCCUCUGGAAGGCUUUGGAGAGGUGCCAGAAAUCAUCCCUAUUUUCCUCAUCCAUCGGCCCGAGAACAACAUCCCUUACGCCACAGUGGAGGAGGAGCUGAUUGGAGAAUUCGUGAAGUACUCCAUCCGGGAUGGGAAGGAGAUUAACUUCCUCAGACGGGAUUCGGAGGCUGGUCAGAAGUGCUGCACCUUCCAGCACUGGGUGUACCAGAAAACCAGUGGCUGUCUCCUGGUCACGGACAUGCAGGGUGUGGGAAUGAAGUUAACCGAUGUUGGCAUAGCAACACUAGCUAAAGGGUACAAAGGCUUCAAGGGCAACUGCUCCAUGACCUUCAUCGAUCAGUUUAAAGCGCUGCACCAGUGUAACAAGUACUGUAAAAUGCUGGGGCUGAAAUCCCUUCAAAACAACAACCAGAAGCCUAAGAAAGCGAGCAUCUCGAAAGGCAGAGUGCAGACGAACUCUGUGACCGUGAAGCCGCCCGAGUCUGGGACUCCCACAGAAAAGAAAGCCUAGCAUCUCCCUCUCAUCCCUUAGUAACAAGUGACCACCAGCUGGCAGCACUCAGGCUUGCAAGUGGAUAUCUGCAGACACACGGAGGACAAGAACCUGCAGCCUGCAGAGAGUGUCCCAGUCCUUCGCAGCCCUCUGUCACUUGCUGUCUGCCAGAAUGACUUUGGAAUGGAUCUUUGUGACUAGCCUCGUAGGGAGACUCAUCAGUUCUAUCUCGAAAGCAAUCCACUUUUUAUGUACACCACUAGUGUGUCUACCCACCUCACGUUGUGUGUCUAUUUGUGUGUUGCACGUGGUUUGUCGUCAAGAGUUCCAUGCUGCCUGGCAACUGUCCACUGUCAAAACCCUUCCCACCUCGUCUUCUCACCUCAGGAUUUCUGAACAUUUCUGAAAUCAUGAAUGUCAUGUGUCAUUUAUGCUAUUGUUGCUGGAGGUGGCUUCCCAAGUGUGAGGCCAUUUCCAAGCACUAUUCACACAGCCUGGCACAGUGUUCUGUUAAAAUAAAUUCGUAUUUAAGCAAAAAGGGUAAGGUGUACACGUCAUC